AUGCAAAUCGCCAUGGUAAGUAACGUUAUCUAUUGGCGACUAACAUGCACCAAAAAAUUUUCUCCGCGCUGAUUGGCCAGGAGAAAUGUAAUAAUAAAUAAUAGAAUCGUCAAAAUGUUUUGUCUCAUAAAGUACGCUUUAGAACACACUUAAACAACAGAAACUGUAUCAUAGUUGUACAUCCGUAAUGCGCAUACGCAAUUCACAGAAUAAAGUUUUAGAGGUUUUUUCGCCCGGCCGCCAUUUUGGCAAAACACAUCGCGGGUUUUUGAUUGACUACCUUUCCUUUUGAUAUACAUCAACCACUGGCCCAGACCAUCUCAGUAAACAGUUCAACUAAGCAAAAGUACCUUGGAUUCUCGAAUGUUAAUGUUCGAUUAAAAAAAAAUUUAUGAAUAUUCCAGUAAUCAAAAUAAAGAAGUAGGACUGAAUAAAGUGACAAUGGGAAGCUUUGAUAUGAAGGAAUUCGUUUUGUGAUCAUUUAUUUCUAGAAUAGGGAAUUGUAGGAUAACUAUCUCUUGAAUCAAACUGAAUAAAUCCAACUUGAGCUAAAUGUCAGCAGCUCACCCCAGAAAGCAUUUAUUUAUUACAUAUUGCUGAGGUUUUUCACGUUUCUAAUUAUCCUUUACCCCUUAAAAGUCAUGGAAGUUGACCAAAACAGCAGUUUCAGAGUGGAGUCGGGAUUACGAGUUAUGGAAAGGACAUCUAAAACGUGUAGAAGGUACACAAAAAGGACCGUCUAUAGGCAAUCAUAUUUGGAUGCUAUUAUUGUUGUGUUUCAUAGAAAUCUUAAAAAAAAAAAAAAAGAAACAUUAUGAUCAGGCUGUUUUUGGGCAUUAUUGUCUGAUUUUAAUCACGUGUCCAAUUUUAGACACCAGUAUACCAUUUUAGACACUAGUGCUUUAUUUUAGACGCUAAUGUCCAACAUCAGACACUAGUGUCUUAUUUUAGACACCGGGACAUCAGUGUCUGGUUUCGGACACUAGUGUUUUUGGACAUAGUGUCCGAUCUUGGACUCUAUAGCCCGAUUUUAGACAUGGGCGUCCGAUUUCGAACACUAGUGUCUGAUUUUCGACACUGAUGUCUGAUUUUAGAUACGAGUGUUCGAUUUUAGACAUUAAAACCUUGUAAAGUGUAAUUUAUGACCAGUUAGAAAAUGGGCGAGGUAAAAUUACCAUCUAUGUUUCACUGCCCCUUUUUGAAAUGUUCAUAGGCGGUAUAUGACCCAACUGACCUCUCAUAAUCAAUCAUUUUAUACCAAAAAAGGUAUGUAGGUUGGUCAAUGAGAUUCCAGAAUUCUCUUCUGUAUUGAACACGACAUAUGAGUCAUAUUGGUUAAUUUUUUUUCUAUCGCAUUAUUGAUUCAUUUAUUUUUUGGUUUAUGAACGAAGGCAGAGAAAUCCAAAGUUAUUUUUAAACUAUUUCGCAUUUACAAAGGAGGAUUCACUGAUUCUUUCAUCUAUUUCCUCUGAAGGUCGCUUCGGAAAUGGAGUAUCGUCCUUCUUUGUUUUUCUCAAGUUACUGUUUUUCCUUAACAUGGCGACCUUCAUUUUGGAAUUUGGAUUCGUUACAUUACCAUCAGUAAUCAUUGAGCCAAGCACAACUUCAAAUUCGUGCACCUUUACCACAGCCGAGACGCAACAACGAAACACGUCGAGUGCUGCUGUUGCUGCAGGAUAUGAAGUUGCAGAUUUUAUUUCUGGAAAGGUGAGUUUUUUCUGGCAGACAUCAGUGAACAUUUUAGAUCACUUUUUGAUUAAGUGUUGACAAAGAAAACUCAAAGUAACCACAACAGCCAAUCAAAGCUAAGAAAGAUGUUGCAAGGAGCCAAUGAGAACUUAAAGGUGCCUGAAACGCGGGAAAACACGGGUGGCCAUGUCGCAAUUUGUGUUCGUUUUGAAUCUGAUAAGUCGCGAAAGAGGCGCAAGGUUUUUGGACUAAUCAGUAAACGAAGUAAAGUAAAAUCAAAUCAAUUUCCGAUUACUUUCGACACUCGAUUGAAAACAGAUCUAUCGCAACAAAUUGCACUUGAUUUAAAAGCAGGGAGUUAGAGAUAUAGCAGCGAUUGAGCUGAAGAAACCAUGGAUUAAGGAAUUGCCUUUCAUUGCUUCCAUUUGUCCUCCAUCAGUUGCAAUUAUUAGUAGAAUGGCGAUGGUAAUCCGAGAUGUGCGUUGCUUUUCUUCAAGUUCUCUCUUUAACUGGUUUAGGAACCCUGCGUCACUCUGUCACUUACUAAUCAAAUGCAACCGUAGAAGACCUUGACUACUCGUGUCACUAGCGUUUUCCUGGAUAACAGGCUUGUUUUUUUUUUUAAUUUGCUGUAAUUUCCUCUUCAUUCUGAUUAGCUUUUCAUUCCUAGCGCUUUGGUUUCUUUUGAAUGAUACUCAACUGAACGCACCUUAUGGCAGAUUGAAAGUUUAACAUAGAAGCGGCCAAGGAUUAACAACAAUUUUUUCCUUAUUGUUGACUUUCAGGGCUGGAUAAGUACAACACUGAUGUUUUACGCUGGAUACGGGGACUCAGAGUUGAUAUCAAAUGUCGGUGUCAAGUAUAACCUUCCAUUAGCUUAUCUCCUGGUCGGAUGGUCUUUUUUUAUCCUCAGUCUCAUACUUGUGGUCCGAAGGUUUGUCACUUAGGAUCGCAUAAUUUUAUUUACAUAUAGUUGUUUCGAGAAAGUUGUCAGAAAAAUAAGAAAAGGACAAAAUUGCAUGCGACAAUCUCAACAGGUUAUCUGGGUAUCCAGUUAUUUAUGAAUUCCCAUAAAUCUAAUAAGUAAACAAGUUCAUCAAACCUUCUAUGCCUCGUCCUUAUAGUGACGUUUUCUCGGAUUACCCUUAAAUCCUAGGUCAAGGAGCCGUGACCUCAAAACUAUCCACAUCACCUUCCGAUUUACAAACCAUUAUCUGAUUUUGCAUUCGUAAAAAUUCUCUUUUUCGAUAUUUCGCGCCAUAGCAUGAGGAGCUUUGGCCUCGAAAAAGAUUCGCAGCAUGCAUUCUACGAUGGUGCUAUAUUUCUGUCAUUAGUGUAGAGAAUUACAUCGAUGUUUGCGGCUGGUAGGUGUCUAUGCGGUUACUUAAACCUGUUGAUUAUAAGUUAAAGGUUCACCUAAUGAUUAAUACUUCAUCUAUGCGCAAAUUUCAAUUACGAAAACACAAUAAAUCUUGGAUUGAAAUCACUUAGCACGAUCUCAUUAUGGAGGCCGAAGUCUACGAUGGAUCGGCUGAGCUUUCUAGAGUUACUAAAUCUAAUGGAUGCCUCAAUUUUCAGUCAAAAGAAAGAGUCCAGACAAAGAACGAUCUCAUAAUAUUGAUUUGUGUGAAUUCAAUUUUUCGUGCCCUCUUGAGUAAUGUCUACCUGAGGGUUAAUCUUUAAUAUCUUCCAUACCCUCUUGGGUAGUGUAUACUUGAGGGUGUUAUUUCUAAUCUCUUGCACACCCUCUAUGUCAAUGCGGCUAAGAGUAGUACAGUUUUAGUUUUGAAUAACUCUAACGUGAACAUAUAUAUAUAUAUAUAUAUAUAUAUAUAUAUAUUUUAAUGAAGAGUAAUAUAUAUAUAUAUAUAUAUAUAUAUAUAUAUAUAUAUUAAUGAAGAGUAGACCUCACUUAGCUUAAAUAUAUACAGUGGUUAGUCAAUUGGUGGGUCUAUUGUAAUCUGAGAUCGAUGUUCAGUAAGGAGUAUUUGUUGUCAUGGCGGCAUUUGGAAAUUAAUUCAGUUCUUUUGUUGAGGUUGCUUGUUUUGUUGGCUCUAAUAAUGUAGAGUUUUUCAGUUAGGCAAUGGUUGUAUAGUUUGGAAAUAUUGUUGUGAGCGCUUGAUAGACCAGCUUAUUUUGUAAUUUUCAUGGUUUUCCUUGAGUUUCCAAAUGUGUUUUGUUAGUUCGGUGCGGUUAGCGUAUUUCCUGUGACGGAAUGAUAAUUUAUGUUGCGUAUAUCGUUGUUUGAAUGUUCCCUCUGUUGGUCCGAUGUAGUUCUUUCCUGUGUCGUCUUUGUCUGUGGUCAUGUUAGCUUAGUAGAUUACGCUUGUGAUGAGGCAGUUGUUGUCGAGCGGGCAUUGGUCUUUUUUUUCUACAGUUGCAUCCGUUUUGCAGUGGAAUGUUGUUGUUGGUUAGGAUUUUCUUGUUAUUAUUGUUGAUGAUGCUGCCUAUGUAUGGCAUCCAGCUGUAGCUUACUUUCACCCAAUCCACCCGAUCCACCUAAUCCUUGCAAUCCAUCCACUCAUUCCAACCCAUUACAUCCUUCGAAUCCACCCAAUCCAGUCAAACCACCUAAUUCAUCCAAUCCUUUAUAUCCAUUCAAUUCUUCCAAUCCACCCAAUCCAUCCAAUCCUUCCAAUCAAUCCAGUACCUCCAAUCCACCAAUUCUUCCAAUCCACCCAAUCCUUCUAAUCCUUCCAAUCCACCUAAUCCUUCUAAUCCACCUAAUCCUUCCAAUCCACCUAAUCCUUCAAAUCCUUCCAAUCCACCUAAUCCUUCCAAUCCUUCCAAUCCACCUGAUCCUUCCAAUCCACCCAAUCCUUCUAAUCCUUCCAAUCCGCCUAACCCUUCUAAUCUACCUAAUCCUUCUAAUCCACCUAAUCCUUCCAAUCCACUCAAUCCUUCCCAACCCUUCUAAUUCUUCCAAUCCCUCCAGUCCACUUAAUCCUUCCAAUCCACCAAAUCCUUCUAAUUCACCAAUCCUUCCGAUCACUCUAAUCCACCCACUCCUUCUAGUCCUAAUCCUUCCAAUCUACCCAAUACUUCUAGUCCUUCUAAUCCUUCCAAUCCACCCAAUCCUUCUAAUCCACUUAAUUCACCCAAUCCUUCUAAUCCUUCCAAUCCACCUAAUCCUCCCAAUCCACCCAAUCCACCUAAUCCUUCCAAUCCACCUAAUCCUUCUAAUCCACCUAAUCCUUCCAAUCCACCCAAUCCCUCUAAUCCACCCAAUCCUUCUAAUCCUUCCAAUCUACCUAACAAUUAAUACAUAAUUAUUACCUUUUUGAAUGCGAUCAAUGUCCAUGGUCAGAGCGUGGCUGAUGUUAUUGUGGCCUGAUAUUUUGAACCUUUCUUCAAUAAUUAGAAAAACACGAUGGAGCAGCCUGCGGUUAAAAAAAGCGCUUUUCUGCUUAAUGAACGGACAGAUUGAAACUGAUGGAGCAGAGGGACACCGACAUUGCGAUUGUUCAGAGGUGUAUCUGCAGAGUUUAUGAGAAAUAAAGUCGCAUUGUCGUGAAUUAUCGUCAAUAAAUUAUCGUUAAUAAAAUUGAGUUAAAAAAUCACGAUGUUUUUCACUUAGACAAAGUAGAAGGGAGAAAUGAUUAAUAUCAUUUCAGCAUUUUUUGCAGAAGAUUUAUACUCUCGAAUGUGAACGAGAAAUACGAACAUUUGCAUACAAAUUUUAUAGUCCACUUUUUAAAGUUUUCUCCAAAGGCGCAAUUAAUACAAGGAUUAAUGCGGCUGUAGGACGCCAACCAGAUAGGAAAUGAUAUUGCCCAGUAAUUUACAUAGUCAAGAUAUAGCAGUGCCACUAUAAUAUAGAAAGAUAGCCCACAAAAUAGCGAUUGCGAUCAUUAUCGGGGAAACCUUCACUACUUUCGCUGUAGCUAGCUUAGAAAUAUGAUAUUUUGAUAUAUAUUCUGACAUUUGUUUGUCCUUUAUCUCUCUCACGUGAAUAAAUGCAUCCGAAGAAGACGCCGUCAAGUUGUGUGUCUCAUACAUCACUGGAUAAUAAUAGUAAAAUUACCGAGGAAAAAAGGAAUAUAGCCAUGAUACUAGGUUUUACACUUGACAACAGAAGCCAUUUAAGGUUCCAAGCAAUAAAAAAUGAUUCCAACCCGACCCGGUUGAGAGUAUUUAAAUUUGCACCUCUUGACUUUAUUCCUAUUAUUAAGUUGUUUCACAAAAAGCGGUUCCAAAAUGACCACCCUGGCCACACUCUGGCGGUUUUGACUUUUUUGACCAGGUUCAUAAUGCUUUUUAAAUCAGAUUCUUUAUUUUUGUGAUUUCUUCCGUCUUACCCUGACCUAAUGAGUUAGUCCUCUUCUAUGUUGAUCUUCUAAAAACUUAUUUUGGCGAUAUGUAGACCACAACAAAAAUCAACCAACCAGAACAAACCACAACAGCUUUGAUGAACCUUUCUUGCCUUUGUAGGAUGUCGAAAAACUUCAUCCGAGAAGAAAGGAUUUUUGACAUAUUAACUUGAAAGAACGAGUGAACAUGUCCACAAUGUAGGAAUUACUUUGUUUAUUUGAGAUGAGGGGCAUAUUGACGUGAAAGAAAUAAGAUAUCAAAGAGGACAUUCCAUACCUGCAACUGGCAAAGUUCAUUGUUAGUCAGGGUAAUACGCUUUUUCCGACCCUUUUUUGGUACAAGAUUACUGGCUGGGUUGUUGUUGUAAAUAAUGCAUAAUUUAACCGGUAACGAAAAACCCUGACCAAUUAUUUAGUUAUGCUUCAGACUCUACAGGUGACUUGCCAUUACCUUUUUCCAGCAAAAAAAUGUUGCAUGUCUCUCUUUUCUAGUUUAGGGGAAAGUUUAGCAGAAACGUACCUAGAUAGUGGAGGGAGCCUGUCUUCAUUCUGCAACCAGAUUUUUGCCGGUUGGGAUUUCUGCAUCACAAAUGAGAAAACCGCCAAGGAAAAGGAGCUGAGUUUCUUGCAAAACGUCACGGUAUGUCCUUUGUAAGAAUUACUAGCUUUGAUAAAAGAAUCGAGGACCGAGACUUUGAAUUCCUUUCGCAAUGACAAGCUAUGAUGAAACAAGAAGUAGUUUCUAGUUUUUAAAAUAAUCUCGAAUGAUUCUUUGUAUUCUCUAACUCAGGCUCAAUUUGCUGAAGAAGAGCGACAGGAGAAAGUACAAAAUCGAACGACUCAAAUAAAGUGUCAGCUCUACACAAUAAGAAUUGUUUGCUUCUUGCUGGUGUUAGGGUUACUUGGAGGGGCAAUUUAUGCCAUCAUUUUAUCUGUAUCAGCUUCUACAGAUCCGGUAAGUAAAACAUUUAUCGUAAUUGCAACUAUCAUGAUACUGAUUAAGUCCUUUUUGUCCCUAAUAGAACAUAAGACCGCUAUACCCAAUCUCCAUUUUUCAAGGUUUUUGAUCUCCUCUCUUUUACUGUGGACGAUUCGUACAUAUAUAUAUAUAUAGCUCUACUGCCCCCUUCAUCCGACUCCUAAAUCAUCUGUUACAAUAAAGAUAAGCCAGUUCAUUUAGUCAACUUUUAUCCACCCGUACUCCUGCUGUUGGGUUCCUGAUACAACGCUUUCCUACAAAUGGAGCUCUGACCGGCAGAAAUAAGAUCAUUUUCUUUUUUCUGAAAUGCUCUAUUUGCUUUAUUAAUAUAUUUUCGGUUCGGGGUAAACGGAAGCAAAACAUACUUAAUCCCUUUAACUCACGAAAUCUGAUUGUAAAGUCUCCCCUCCAGCUGCUACCCAUUUCCUCGGGAAUUAGUUAUGAGAAUUUGGUGUUAGAUCAAGAUAACAAUUACCUGAUAAGUUCUAGCAUUCUCAUUACCUGUUUGCUGAAAAAUUUAUGGAUAUUACAGGGAGAAGUUAAUCACUUCUGGGAGUUAAAGAAUUAGGGAAAGCAGGUCUAAAAUGUUUUUAAUUGAAAGAAAUUUCGUUUUUACCUAAAGGGGGCAAUCGUUUACCUAACUUUCAUCUAUUUUCCUUCAAGCGCACCUUGCUUUCCUCCCGUUUAUUUCCCUUUUAGCUCUUCCCUUUUUUUCUUUCUAGUUUCCACUUCCAAUCAAGCAACCCUAAACUAAUACAGGAAUUUGUUCUCUUUCUUAUACAGGAAAUUAUUGAGAAAGCAAGCCAAUUUCAAAGUGGAGAGGAAAUAUUGCGCUUUGCCCCUUCGCUAACGAUCACCAUUCUAAAUAUCUUACUACCUCAGAUUUUUAAUAUUUUAGCAAAAUUUGAGGAUUGGAGUCCAGCAUUUGAAGUUAACAUAACUUUGUACAGGUAGGAGCUAAAUUACACUUUCAUUUUAAACACUGCUUCACUAAGACUGAAAAUGUCCCACCCAAGAUUGCACUGCAAGCCUCCCUACCGGAACUCAAAUUUAUUCCGGUUUUCUCUGCAUGGAAACUGAGAAAAAUUAUCGACAUAAUAAAAAUUCCAUAAAUGACCAACUAAACUGUCCGUGAAACUUCUGUCUGGCUUCACAGCUGCCAGGGAAGGAAAUAGAUACGUCUACUUACAGCUCUCUUUUGUCCGAUUAUCCCAUUACAGAAAUAUUAUCUUAAAGCUGGCUUCAUUAGUCGUGCUUAUGCUGAAGAUAUACACACAAGUUGGCGAAACUUGCGAAACAAGCCCAGCGAUGUGUUGUAAACAGGUAAGGCAGCUUCAGGAUAAAAAAGAAAAAAAAGAGUUCAGAUCGAGACCGCAUGCCCCUCCUAUUAAGGCUCCCUUACAAGAAACAGUAACCGCUCAAAUCUUGGGCGUUACUGGAGUAGUUACAUUAUUGCCAGAAAAAUAGAGACCUAGAGCGUUACGGGACAAAAAUCUUUGGAAUUGUCUCACCCCCUUAGAUCUGACAAUGAGUCUUUCUUUAUUUCUCCCUUUAACUAAAAAGUACAAGCAAUACGUCCAAUUAUGUGAACCCAGUACUUCUUCAUAUUAUCAUUCCUACAAAAUUUCAUUUCAAUUGUAAACCAGGUUGUUGAUAUUUUUUUUCCAGUUCUGGGAGAACGAGAUCGCUUCACAGAUGUACAUGUUGAUAUGGAUUGACUUUUUUAUUAAUAUAUUUUCAACUAUUAUCGUUACUACGUUGUGGAAGUAAGUUCAUCACUGUGCAGUGAGUAAGUAAUUAUAAUUGAAGUUUGAAUGUUUGGAUUUGAUACUAGAUUUCAUUUCCGGGCCAGACAUUUUUUAUCAUAUUCCCUUUGGAUAAACACUUUUUGUCCCCCAACCGCAUCUUCAAUUCUUGGUAACUAAAUAGUCACCGUAAAUUCUUCGCCAUUCUCGUCUGUAGACAUAUUUUCAAGGGAGUUGAUCAGUCAAGGAAGUGAAUUUUUCUAUGGUUGGUAGUCACCACAGAUCCUCUAAAGAUUUAUAUAUAAGGUUAUUGAUAUGGAAAAUUUGAAGGACAUGAUGGCCUUAUUUUCUAUGCGAAGAACGUCUGAAUUAUGAAAGUACUUGCCAGAGUUAUUCUUCUCGAUUCAAUCACCACUGAAGGAACCUCUCGUUGCAUCUUUCAUGAAAAUGUUCUUACAUAAUGGCCUUUAAUCUCAUAGAUUGAUGUAUAAACACACACAGUGCUUCAAGAAGGUUGGCAUGCCGGUGUUUGACAUUCCAAAAGAGGUCUUAGGACUUGUGUAUGGCGAAUGUUUGAUUUGGUGAGUUUUUUGCGUUCUUUAGGAUGUCUGGUCUUGUCAGGGUUAAGGUGAAACUAUAUACUUAGCAUACGAUGAGGCUCUCAGUCGUGCUGUGACACAAGCAGCGAAGCUCUUGGGUUUCGAGCUCGCGAGCUAUGCAAGAGGUGUGCGACGGGUCUAGCAAAAAAAGUUUUGUACGCUCGCUUCGAUUGCCGGAUUUAACUCUCGUGAACUUCACCAGUUGUACUGGAGGGUGUACGAGAGCCUGCUCACAGGCUAAACCAAAAUACGAUGAAGGGAAAGUACCUAAGCAUACAUGAGCUUCAACUUCCUCGGACACUUUUGUUGGUAGGGUUUUGGUGGUGAGAAGAUCAUUGUGAAUUUUAGUGUAAAUAUAACCUAUUAUCUCACAACGUUUGCCCAAUCGGAUACAGAAAAACAGCGGUAAAUGAAAACUUUUGAAUUAUUGUAUUUCUUAGUCAGGGCUGCAUGUAAGUUUUCAUUAGAGGGUUCUUUUCUUAUUUUUAGGAUUGGAACAUUUUUCAGCCCAAUUAUGCCAGGAAUGGGUGCCAUCAAGUUCUUCAUUUUAUUUUACGUCAAAUUGGUACGUAAUCAUCUGUUUGGUCACUAAGCAACGCGGGCUCACUUAAGUCAACGGCAUAGACAUACAGCACUCUAUUCAGCACAUCACCUGUAUUUCUUCUAUGAGGUCCGCUGGUUUCCGCGUAUUGUUCCUUAAUGAUUUUGAAGGAGUAUCAUUACUCUUUCGUUUUCCAAAAAAAAUGUGACUUAGACGUCUUAACGUGACAUGCUCAGAAAAAGACCAAGAAGAUGACUGAUUGAAUAGACCCCUUUUUUAAUGUGUCCCUAGAUAAGGGUGGAUGCCCUGCAUGAACACGUCCAUGUUCUCAUCAUAAGAUUGCACCACGUUUUAUCUUUAAAGAUUGCUGUGAUGUUCAACUACAGGCCGUCAGAGAGGGUUUAUAGGGCAACCCGUUCAAAUUAUCUCUUUACAGCCUUGCUGCUAAUCUCAUUCUUCAUGUGCCUUGGAAUCAUCGGCUGGGGCGUAGCAAGGUAAGUUAGGUAUCAACAAUUAACUUCUUCGUUUCAUUAGACUGUUAUCUCUGAUCAUUUAUUUGUUUAUCUAUCUUAAUUAGCGUUUUUAAAAAGGAAACUUCUCAUGAAUAGCAUCAAGCCUUUCCAAUAAUCCCUCCUUUGACGGAAAUAGUAUGUUAACAAAAUGCAUUUAUUGUUUGUCAAUCACAAUCGCGCUCUGGAAAGGAUUACUCUUCUUCUAGAAUGACUGUGCUAAGAUAUUUCCUUCAGGGCGACACUAUACUGUCUCUUGGUUUGAGAUUCUUCCUGAUGUGUUUUCACAGCAUAUCAUCCAUACUAACAUGCCCGAAACACUGAUGAGAACGAAGAGUUCCGAAAAGGUUUCGAAAGUGAGGAAAAACGAGCCUGAGGAAACCUUUAGAGCAUUAUCUCUUUAGUCUUAGUUCUAAUUAUUAACUAACUGAGAUUAUUAUACUUACGUGGGUGGCUGACAUCACAGUCUCCUUAAGAGCAAACGCAAAACUUUUCUUUUUGCUCAAAAUUUUUGGAUGUUACACUCAAAAGCGCAUAAAUAUCGAUUGUUCCAUUUAAUUCACUAAUUUGUUUUAUCUAAUUUUUUUUUCAGCAUGAGGCCAUCAUGUCUUGGACCUUUCAGGUACGAAAGUAAACGAAUUGGUUUCGAUCAACUUUAUUUGUAAAAACGCCGAGGUUCGUGAGUUUAAAACUAAUUUAGGAGUGUCUGAUUCCCCCCUUAGAAAUGGCAGUUACUCGUUGCCAGUUUCCAAGUGCUUUAAUAUAAAAGCGCAAAUUUUUUUCGAUGGAGAUCACUGUCUUGCUCUCACACUAUUUCUCCUAAAUCUCUAUUCGUAUGCUCAAAUUUUGAUACUUUCGUUGCCCAAUGCGGUGUAAACGCGUGGCUAAUACAAAAACUAAUAUCAAUGUUAGAAUAAUAAUAAGUAAGGAUUAAUUGCUUUACGGCAACUACCACGAGGAGAAGAUCACGACAAGCUCAACCACGAAAGGUUCGCGAGCUAAGCCACUUAUUAAUUUGUUCAUAAUUCUCUGUGUCUUUCAGCAAUGCAAACUGCAACGCAGAUGCGAGAAUGUACCAGGUUCUCACAAAGGAGAUUUCAACGUGGCCAUCAGUAGUGCAAGAAAUCAUCAACUUUGUUACGACAGUAACUUUUAUUUUUCCUGUCCUGACAGUAGUUUGGUAAGUUUAUACAUAUAUAUAUAUAUAUAUAUCAUCUAUCAUCCUCACGUGUAACAUAAGUCGAGAGGUGUCAGGAAUAUCGGUGAUAAUUGCACGGUAUUUUUGGACUGGAAAAAGUGGAAUCAUGAAAUUUGAUUUAUUUUACUUAGUUUAUCGAUUAAGUAAUGAUUCUCUAUUGGUAUUAUCGGUUUCUCGGAUAGUUCGUAUCCUAUAAGUCUUAUCAUGCCCUAGAUUAAUACAUUUGUACCGCCAUUCGACAAAUUUUGGUUUAACCACCUACAUUGUGGAGGGUUUAGAAACACGGAUACAAUCUCUGGACACCGCUUUUUAAAUAGAGAUAAUGAGUUACAUGUAUAAACAAGGAACAGAAGAGAAAAACUUGACUUUAUUUACAGAUCACAAACGAAGAACGGCAGUUCCGUCUUACACAUAAAAAGGCAAUAUGGCCAAACUUGACAAAACUCGAUCGUGUUACUAACAAUCUGAUGAUAAAUUUGUCCCUCACCGUCAUCUAUGACAUUCCUUUCUGAGACUAACCUCACUCCGACGAUCAUACGCUAAGAUCAACACUUAAAACUGUACCCGCCGUGUUUUGUUAAACAUUGAAUGCUAGAAAAAAACAUCUUGAGGUGGGUCGAUAAACAGGUCAGUUGAUCAAUUAUGAGAUUUACAAGGCAGGUAAACUGUGGAACCAGAAACAGGUGGCUCUAUUCACAUAAAUUAUUUUUCGUUUUUCAACAGUGAGCCCUUUGGAAAACGUAUUGUCUAGAAAAUGUAGUUUUUCUAGGUGUACCAUUGGAUUUUCUUUUCAAAACCCAUCUGUUUGGUCUAGACUGUAGAGCAAUUUUCAGGAGAUGCCAUAUUUUGUAUUACAGUAAGGCAAGUAGUUUAAUUAUCCAAAACUUCUUCGAUUUUACAUGGAAAAACGACUCUUGCCAUUUGGACUAAAAUAUUUUUCUUUUAUCUCCGUCUCCUUCUUUUACUUCUUUUUUGUUUAAAGGAAAAACCAAGAGAUUACACAGUUUAAAAUCUCUUGAAAAAAAUCUGAUUUGUAUUUCAUCUGCAACGUCACUGAUCUAGCGCUAUCGUCAGGUUUUUCACGUUGGUGUUAAUUCAUUCCUUUCGUCCAUUUUAUUUUACCUUUUGGACUAUGGAGAAAGUAACUCCUUGCUCAUCUUCCAACUCUGUGUCUUCGCCGAUUUCUCCGUGUUCAUUUAGUUCACAAGUUCCUUUGCCAAUUUCCAGGGAUGAUUCUUUGAAGUUUGUUGAAGUACACCACGAGUUUCUGAAGCACGAAUGGUUGCAUAUCAUCAAACUGGGAGAUUUAAGCUUUUUAACAGCGUAGCCUGUAAGGCAUUUGUUUUCGUGAACAGCAAAUAGUUCUGAAAGACAAAGUAUGAAAUUUUCUUCAGCGGCAAAAACUGACAGUUGUAUCAAUCUAAGAAAACGAACUCGAGAAACGCGGUUCUGCGGUUUUUCGGGUGAGAAUUAAAUGCCUGCGUCCAAUCAUACAAUUUUUUUUAAAAUCGAAAUUGCAGUGAUUUUGAACAUCUGAGUAAUUCGUUAGAGCAUCCAGUUUAAAAAGACCUUAACUUGAACCUAUUAGAUAAUACAGAACAAAAAAUGACAGUUGACUCCCACUGGUUAAAGGAAAUCGUACAAUUUUACUUUUUCAUCAGUUAAAACUGAUAUAUUUAUUAUUGACUCAUUUUUCUCUCAUUAUUCACCUUCCUGAAUUCAACUUCAAUCCUAUGUCAACAAUCAACUGUGUAAAGUCCAAGCAGGGGAUCGGAGUCUCUCAGUCUUCACCUAUCGUUUGCCGUCUAAUUAAUUCACAGUGUAGUUUUCCUAUGUUAUGAUUGGUCAAUGUCUUCAUCCAGCCGUAAGGCUCUCUAAGCUUCCAUUCCCUGUUCCCGCCCCUCUCCUCAGUUUAAAGUCGAUUUUAUACACUUGUAUUUUUCUCUUUCACAGUUUACUGUUGUACUACUUCAGAUCCAUGGCUCUUUCUCUUUUACAAACUAUUGAAACCCUCAAGGAUCAGUUGGCAUUGGUAUGUCAGUAAAAAUGUUGCUAAAUUCGGUGUAACGCUCUUAUUGCCUCUUUGAAUUCUGAAUUUAUCAAAGAUCUUGCUUAGCUAGCGCUGUAAUUAGAUUCAAGAGUCCAGCUUCGAGUCGUGGCCAAGACGAUGUGUUGCAUGAUCUGUAUUGAUGCCUGGGCUCAAAAACCAUUUGUCUUUUUGGAAAAUGGGCCUGCGCUCUCUCCUUGAAGUUCUCGGGAGGACUCAGGGUCGAUAAAAGCUUUUUUCCAGAUCUCUUCAUCAAUCUAUAAGUGCACUAUAUUGGCCCUCAACUUUUUCAUGUUUCAUGAUAUCAUACAUACUUUUCAUAAAUAUAACAAAAAGAUAUCCGUUUCAUAUUUCAGGAGGGUAGAAACAAGAGAAAGCUCGAGGAGAAACUUUACCGAUACGAAGAGGCUGAAGGGAAAAGCACUAAAGCUGUCCAUCCCACGGUGGUCAGUGAUAAGCAGAGAGAUUCACUAGCACCACCCGACAGCUUUUUUUAACCCGUUCAUCCCUGAAAUCUGAAAGCCAGCUCUCCUAAAUGAAGACCAUUCAAUACAUUGGUUGCUAUUCUUGAGAAUGAGGCGUAAUCUUCAGACUACAUCCAUGAGCUGAUGAUUCUCUCAGUCUGUGCAGAUCCGUUUCUGGGGAAAAUUCAGAGGACGAUCACCUUGGAUUCAGAGUUAACGACUGAUACGCGAAAGAGCACUCUAUCUUUCUUAUCGUCUCAUAAUAUGAUCACUUUUCAGGUGCCAUGAUUGGGCCAGAAAACUGGGUCGAGCACAUGGAAGCGAGGUCUACCGAUAAACUUUGAACGUAAAGCGAAUUAACCAUUACAGGGCUUUCUUUCGUGAUUUGACUUGAUUUGUUUGAGUAUUUAUUUCUCACGUGAAGUUGUGAGAUAAAAUUUCGUAAAAACAAUGGUUUAAAGGUUGUCGUUUCACACUAUUUCUCACAGAAAGGUUACCUACAAGCAUCAAUUCCAUGUAGUUUAAUGUAGUUUACGCUAUUAAUUCCUGGCUCGCCGCUUACCACUAAGCGGGGAGACUGGGAAGUGAGCCAACUCCUCCUACCCGAAACCUUCAAGUAAGAUCAACAGACGUGAGAUAUCAGGAGAGCUUAUCAGGGGAAAACCCGUCGAUCGAGGUGAAAAGAUCUAUAGGCAGAAAAAAUACUCUUAGAGCUAAGGUAAAAGUUUAGAAUGUUCAAAUUAAGUACAACAAUUAACUACAUUACAAAACAUAUGGCAACUUGCCAAGCGAGCAACCUUUUUUAAUUUUGUUUUUAUACCCGUUCAAAAUAUUAAACAAAAUUUUUUUCAUUAAAGCAAACUUCAAUUAAAAUUAUUUUUCACGAAAACGCAACAUAAAAAAUCCACAGAAGUGAACAUUUUGUUUUUUUCAAAAAAAGAUAUAUAUAUAUAUAUUGAAAGUAACUGAUCCAUUCGCAGAAUUAUCUUUCAACUCGAUGCUAUUAAAAGUGCAGGGAUUUCAUAAAAAUAUAUAUUUUUCAAAUAUACCAUAACCGAGUGCCGAGGAAUGUUCAAAUAUAGAUAUUUAGCCACUUUUAUAGUUGCUUUUAUUUGUAUAUCUUUCUAGAUGUAUAAUUCGAUUUUUCGACAUCAGAAGAGAAACGAUAAAAGUGUAAGCACUAACUUGCGUGUAGGGGUGAUAAAUGAAUAAAUUAUUAUUUGUUUAUAACAUAUUUUGAUGAACAUAACUUGAUGAAAACUUAUGUAGGCCAACGUUUCGCCCAUCAUUACCAAAACAUGCAAAGUUGACAAAUGUUGUAGGCGGCAUUUCUAAUGAAAUAAAGAGCUUCAUUUGUUAGUAUAGAGGUUUUUUUUUUUUGUAUGUGUUUGUCUGUAAGGAUGAAUGAGGGGGAGGAUAUGACUGAACAGUGAGAUCUCAGAUAUGUUUUCACGAAAUCUGGCAAUAGGUGAAAUACUGUUCAAUAACAACUUCUAAAAUGCAAAUAGGCAAUUUUUCCAAAUUAAGAAAUCAAUGAAACGCAAGAAAAGUUUUUGUUCAAAACAAAGGUUGCUAUGGUGAUGGCGAAAAAUCGAUUUCAAAGUUUCGUGCCAAUAAUAAAACAAAAGAAGUCAAUGCUCAAGAAAAAGGAUAAAUUUUUGUUCUCUGACAUAAUACAAUAUGACGUACGUAUUCGCAACACGAAUUUCCUGCGUGAGUAAAACGUGGAGUCACUAAGGAAACCGUCGUGUAGUUUAAGUCGCAAAAUGUCAUACGCAGUCUGUGAAGUUUACCUGACUACUUUAGUUUUUAAUUAUUGUUUCAAAAGUUAACUGAUGUAAGUUCGCAUAAAUUUACCUAGCCAUCUGUGUUUACUUUUCGCUUCUUGUCAUUUACAGCAACCGGUGCACAUCGGUUGCUGUAUUAUUUGACCUGUUUUUUGCCGUCGAGUCUUGAUUCAACGUUUCAUUUAGGCUUGGUUUGAUCAUUUCCGUUUUUGAAUACAAGACUUGAAAUCCUUGUUUUUAGGUUGUCAGUUUUCCAUCGAAAACGGGAAACGUCACUGAAAGCGUUCGAUAUUGGAUCAGUGACCUGAUGAAGACCACCAAAGAGUGUGUUAUUUUUCCUUGUGUAAUACCAAUUUCAAAACAUUAGAUUGACUGUAAGAAAAUAUUUGCGUUUUGAAGACAGAUCUUCCUCUUCAUGUUUGAACAAAAAUAUGACGUAGUUGAUCAUGGUAUAAUUCGAGUGAACCCAAUCUGCUCAGGACGUACAAACAAGAUGUACUAUCUGGAGAUUUUAUUUUGCCCUCCUAAUGAAGAUUUCAGCAUUGUUUUGGCUUCUACAUGUGAAGUUUUCAUUGACUCACUAAUCAAAUAAGGGCGACUUUCGUAAGAGAACUUUUUGUUAAGCGUGACCACGACGACCAUAGAGGUCGGAGGGCGUUAGUUGUGCACAAUAUCAUCAGCCAAUCAACAUCCCUCACUUUAAGUGGCCUUUCGCAGAACCAAUCAGCUACGGUGUUUUAGUUAGCACAAGCGCAAACCACUUCUUUGCGAAAUAUUUCUCACGUUUCAGGAAGUAACAAAUAAUAAUGAAGAGCCAAUUUCAUAUCGUAGCGCCUUGUCUUGGCAGAUUUACGUUAUUCUUGGGGAUGAUACGAACUCUACGAUCAAUUUAGAUUCUUCAUUCUUGGUUAUGACUGGUCGCGUGUCCCCUGGUCUCGGCGCGAUGUCUAACUCGCAAGAGAUGCUGGAAAUGGGAUCUCGAGGAUCCAACUGUGAGUAAUCUUGGAGUUGUUUUGAAUUAUCGAGCUUUUGCCUUGUUUCUAUGUCUGUUGUCGCUCAGUAUCUCGGGAAAAACCGUUAUGUGACCCUCCCCCUCAAGCUUCGUGUCUUCUCCACUGAAGUCUGUACAAUUUGUUUGAAGAUCCAUACGAAGGCAUGGAAGAUGAUGCCGAGACACAGAGGUCGAUUAAUAGAAGCUUUCGGAACCUUCCUAGCCGCAGCGCCCAGAGAUCCUUGCAUAACGCAAGCACUAGAAAAAGAGGUACUGUUACGAGAGCAUCCAUGAGAGCAAAUCAAGAUGUUGAGGUAUUAAAUAUUGAGGAUUAUAACGAUGAGGAAGACGACAUGGCAAGCCCAAAAGAACUUGCUCAACCGAUGUCUGCGAAACGACGCUAUAAGUAAGUGAUUUUAAUAUCUUUUGGUGUUUAGUCAAGGUUCCUGUUGAAUAAGGAACGUAAGGUUUUUCUGAGUUCAGACAGUAUUGGCGAGUUUCGUCCAGCAGUAAGGGAUGUUAACGAACGUAAUUUAAAAUUUCUUGUUCGGCAUUGCUGCGAUAAGCUUAGAAAUUGAAUCAUGUAUGUUACACUUUUUUUUUUUGUGAGGUUUAAGUUUUCAGUUACUGAUAUUCAGCGGCAGGAAAUAUGUAGAGUACUUUGUUACCUUAAGUACCUAGCGGUCCUAUCUUUAGGCUAAUCGAAAUUUUAAGUUUGUCGUUCGUUGAACGAAGAAGUGGUUGCGUGUACAAGUUAUCUGUCUGUCGUCGCUCUGCUGGCACAACAAUAAAUGAAUUCAUGAGAGGAUUAGUAACCGUGAACAAAUGCUGCAUAUCAAUGUGCUUUCGUGCCACCGUUUUCUACUGCAGCUCUUAUGAGGGGCUUCAAACAUCGGUUCAUUUUAAAUGUGAGCCUUUUAAGAAUGAUUUCAUCUCUCAAAUCCCUUGAGUACUUAUGAAAAUAUAACUUAUUAUGUUUACAUGAGUGCGAAGAAUUUAUAUUUACUGUCAGCCUAAUCUUGCAGUAUUUGAAGAAUGUGUGGACUUGCCGAAUGUAAACGUUUCAGUAUUCGUUUAUGAUGUUGUUCGAAAACGGUUUUGCAAAAUGUUUUCGGAUAAUUCAUGUUUGGGCCAGUUUCAGUAUGAUCGUAUACGCCAAAUAAUAUUACUUUGUAAAGGGUUAUACUUCGUUAUGUGAGAGUAUUGCCAGUGGUGAUAAAUAUUAAUUAGCAUCCGUUAGUGUUAGACGCAAUUGUCAGAUCAGAGUAUCAUAUUCAUGAUUAUUAUUAGAUUUCCAAAUGACAGGAAUUUAUUUUGAAUUGAGAAGCUGGGAAGAAUUAUUAUUUGGGUUUUAAAUCAUAGUGAAUGUGAUUUGAGGUGAAAACUUUUAAAAUUACUGCGAAGAUCGCUUCCAUAUUAAUUUUUUUUUAGUAUUCAGUUCAUUAAUUUCACAUCAAACUAGUCUGGUCUAAUGUCUGCAUCCUCACAAGUCUCAUAGGAAGGAUUCCUUUCCAGUAUCUGGGAGAUCUGACUUGUGCUGUUUGGUCAGUGCCAGUUGGAUGAGGUUGAGACAACUUUAACCCUUUAACUCCCAAGAUCUGAUUGUCAAUUCUCCCUGGUAACUGCCACACAUUUCCUUGUAAAUUAGUUAUAAGAACUUGGUGCUGAUCAAGAUAGCAGCUUCUACUUGAUAAGUUUGAAUAUUCUCAUUACCUGUUUGCUGAAGAAUGUAUAGAUAUUGUAGGGAGAAGUUUUAUGUUGAUCACUUCUGGGAGUUAAAGGGUUAAGUUUCAGGCAACACUGAAUCCAAGGGCACUAAUAUCAUGGCUAGUAGUAUAAGGAAUUGACUACAGUCAGCUGAGAACAUUCGAAGAGGGAAUUCUCUCACUAACCUUUAUUACAUCCAUUUUGAAAUUGCUGGAGAUCCUUCUAAUGCAACUGGCUCUUACUAGUGGGAUUUGUUCAUGAAUCACACCAUUUUUUUGCCCUCAAUUUCCCAGCCAACAAGGAAGCUGUAUUAAAAUACAAUAACCAAUUGCUUGUUUACAGAAACCAAUCAAAUUGCAAGAAAGUGAAAAACAACUUUAAUUUGCAACUUUCUACAAACUAGCUCACUACCAGAUCAAAUAAGCAUUUGUACAGACAAAAUAAUCCUUUUCUUGGGCAAUUUAAUUUUGCAAUAUCAAAAUGGAUGUGUGUGAUUUCAAAUCAAACUUGUGCUGCACUCUUGUUUGAUUUUGAAAUCAUGCAUAUUAUUUCAGACCAAAUUGCACUCUACUCAAUUCAAUUACCAUUACUAAUCAGAAUUUUGUAGCCAGAUCAGUCAGUGUCUAAAAUUUAUGCACCAUUCUUUUGAUAUGUUUACAAAAAUAAUGGAAAGCUCUCAAAAAAAGUGCCAUGGUUGUUACUUAAAGCAUUGGCUUCUGGCUAAGAAGCAGGAAUUGCUCAGUAAAGCACAGUGAGCACUUCUGAGUCUAUGCUCUUACAAUUAUUGUGUGCCAGCUUUCAGAGCUGCAUCACAUGAAAUUUCAGUGAUGGGCACCCUAAUUUCUUAGUUACAACCCUGACAUCCUGAAUCUCUUUUGAACAGGCUUACCACUUCAGACUAUUGCUGGUGUCCUGUCUGCUGUUUUACAAUUUUUACAUUUAAAAGUGAUGCAGAGAAUUAGUUACUAAUACUUUUGUUUCUUGCAUUAUCAGGAAGUCAAUGCGAACUAUGAAAACUCAAAAACGUAUCUCAAGAUGGAAAGCAUUCAAGUUACGAGUUGCAAUGGUUAGAUAUGGAAAAUGUAUUUUAUUAUUAAGUCUGUUUAAGGGAAGUGGACCCUUGAAAGAGGGUUGGGGUGGAGGGGGAGGGACUCUUUGGAGGUGCAAGAAUUCCUUUUAGCACACCAAAGAAAGCCUUUUUUUCGAAGCAUAGCCUUUACUCUUUUUUAAUAACUAAUGCAUGAUUAUAUUUUUUACUUAAAAUUUGAUGGAACAAUUUUGUUUUCACUCAUGUCCCCCUCACCCAUCACUAUUGUAAUUGUCCGUCCAGAAGUCUAUCUUGUGACAAGCAUUUUUGGAACGCUUUAUGGUGUUACGGAGGUGUGGUUUAUGGCUGUGUAUUAAAAAUAUUUUCUGAAAAACGCUAGAUGUAUUCCUGAUCUUAACAAUAACUAUUUUAAUAAUUAAAUUUUAUAAAGAAAGUAUCACACACCAAAGCAAAUUUUGAUGGUCAUGGUCAUUUUUGAUAUUCUUAUUCUGUACAGUUCUGGCAAUCAACCACAUCUUCGAUAUCUGAAUGGAGUCAAGAUCUUGAACUUUGGAAAGGUCCCUUAAAGGAAGUGGAAGGUGAGAACAAACCUGAUCAUUUUAUUAACUCUAACUCCCAGAUCAAAUUUGUAAUUCUCCUUACUGUCAACCACACAAUGCUUAUAAUGUUAGUUCAGAGAAUUUAGUAAUGGAUCAACUAAUUAUCCCCAAAUUGAUAUUUUUCUUUAUUCUCAUCACUUUUCUGAUUGAUAUUAUAUUGAUAUUGUGAGGAGAAAUUCUUUCUUGGUCACUCAUGGGAGUUAAAGGAUUAAAAAGAUGUAGGAUAUUUUUUUAAAGAAAAAUGUCUUUUCAUCUUGUUUGGGACAAAGAAAAAAUUCUGAGUCCCCAUGAGGAAUCAAACCUCAGUCCUUCAGAUUCCAUGCUCCAAGGCUCUACCACUGAGCCUCAGAGACUAUGGUGAGUAAGGUCUAUUGAGAAGUUCAUGUACAGCACUCAAUAUGAUUAUAGAUCAGCAAUGUUGGCAAUGUUUGUAAAUAGAAUAAGAAAGUUGGUAAGUUUUGAGCUUGAUAAAGAAAUAGAGAAAGAUUUUAGUUAAAUUCUCUUUAUUACAAAUAGGAAUAUAAUUAUAUAAUUUUUACAACACUUGCACAUCCUAUAACUAGUCCUCUUAAACAUUGCUGAUAUGGUAAAAGGCUGUCAUGGAAAUGGACUUUAUCUCAAAUGCUCAUCCCUUAAACUCCUGUACCAGGUUGUUCAAAGUCUCAUUAGCACUAACCCAGGGUUAAAAUUUAAUCCUGGGCCAGGUUGUUUGAAAGGGGGUUAACAUUAAUCUAAGAUUAAAAGUUAACCUUGGUUAUUUGAAGAGUGCAUAUAAUGGCUAAGGUUUUGUUGGAUUUUAUCUCAGUAUGACUUGAAAAUAACUGAAAAAAAUACAAAAGAAAAAUCCUUUGGCAAAGCUAUUAAACUCAGUUGAAGAUUAUACUAAUCCCGUGUUAGGUUAAUUGUGUUUUGAACAACCUGGCCCAGGUCUCUUUAUUCCUUUGGUCAAAAGCCUUUUUUCAGUCCUGCAAUGAAAAUUUCAGAUUUAUAUCAAGAUUGUAUUUGUUACAUCUGAUUAUUACGGAGUUUGGAAUUCUCAUCUCCUGUUUGCAUGACAUUGUAUCAAUUCAGGAGAAGUUGUAAAUAGAUUGGAUGCAAGCUUUUAGAUCAUUUUGUAUUUCAUGUUAUUCAGGGUUGUAGCUAAGAAAUUAUGGAUUGUGGCUGAAGUCUUAAGUAAGAUGGCUAAAAGAUGACAUUUCAUUUUCAGUCCUUUGUAUAACUUUGAAUGUGGGGCUUCUAAGCUUCCUGUCUAUCAAUUGGCAAGGUGAAAAACAGAAAGAAGUCAUAAUUGAAAUAAGUACUUAAAACAAUGUUUAUUUGAGUUGUAAUCCCUGAAGUGCCUGUUUUGUGUUGCUAAAAUACAGCUGGCAAUCAUCUCAUUUUCAUCCAGAGAAUUUCAGUCUGCCUCUCUCAACAAACUUUGAUACAUUUUUUAAGGCAUUUGUUAGAUACCUGGGGAAUGUACCAAGGAGAUGGAGUUUAAGGGGAUAAACUUCUCGCCCUAGACAAACUCUUUACUCUACUUCAGCUUAAAAUUAAUGGCAUACUUUAAUGAAGUGUAUGUUCUGUAUUUUCUCAGGUCGUUUUGGAAAUGGAGUUGUGUCAUUUUUUCUCUUCCUGAAGUGGUUAAUGUUUUUGAACUUGGUCAUCUUUUUCCUGGAGUUUGGACUAGUUUCACUUCCAGCAAUAGUCAUUAAGAAUACUACUGCACAAGCCAGUACAAACCGGUGUGACUUUAAUGCACUUAAUGCACGGAGUGUUUCAAACAGCAUAGCAGACAAACUUUUUGACUUUGUCACAGGACAGGUAGGAAUUUUGAUGCAUUCACAAUAUAAGGUGAUAAUAUUCAUAAAUUAAACUGAGUAAAAAUGCCAGCUUAAAUUUGAAAAAUGAGUAAAUUUCAAAUUAGAGUUGUUAUAGGGAACUUGUUUUGUUUUGAGGCAGCCUUGUGGCUUUUCAUGCAGGUUGGUUUUUAAAAUAUUUCUCAUUUUGUUUGGAUACAUCUUUGGAGUCUCUGAACGGAUUUCUGCAGUACCUUCUCUAAGUUCUCCUAUGUGGUGCAUGCUUUGAACAGAUUUUGAGUUCAGUUGUUACAUGUACUUCUUGUGACUCACCUCAUAUCCCACUAGCAAUUUGUUAAGUUAGCUACACAGGUCACUGUUAACCAUUUAUACUUAAAGCUUGGAGAGAGGCACAACACUACAGAAGAGUCAAUUACCAGCUAGCUAAGAUUUAAACUUAGACAUGACUUGGUGCUGACCUUUGCUGGUUGUAAACUGAAUCAACCCUUUCACUUGCAAGAUCUCAUCAAUAAUUUUUCUCACUGUCUGCCUUACAACUCUGAAUCUACUAAUAAUCCCCUUAUUUAUAAUAAUGUUUUCUCUUUUUUUUUAAUUUCUUGUCAACAGAACACUUGAUAAAAUGAUUGUAAUUGGUAUUGUAAGGAGAAAGUUAGUCCUGGUCAGUCAUGGGAGUUGAAUGGUUAAAACUUGUUUGACUAAACAUGCUAUUGUUUUCCUCAGGGCUGGAUUAACACAACCCUCAUGUUUUAUGCUGGAUACCCAGCCACAGAAUUGUUAUCAGAGGAAGAUGUCAAGUAUGACCUUCCACUAGCUUACCUCAUGGUUGGAGGUGCAUAUUUCUUUGGCAGCCUCCUUCUUAUGGUUCGGAAGUAAGCAGUGCAUUUUCAACUUUUGUAUAAUACAGUCUAAUUGUUGUUAUUGAAGCUUUUUAUGGUUUCUCUUAGCCACAAGCUUCAAGAGAGCUUGCAUGAAGUGGAUGGAGAUUCAGUAGCAAGUGAAAGCAUGUUUGUUUGUACUCCAUUGUGUUCAUGUAAUUCCUAUAAAUUAAAGCAGCUCAAAUUUUAGAGCGCAUGGAGAUACUUUAGACAUCAAUGAUUUCCAAGUAACCAAUUAUCACAUGUUGUCUUAACCCUUUCAUUUCUCAACUCUAAAUAACAGUUCUUUAUGCUGUGACUGCUAUGCAAUUAUUGAAUUUUAGUUAUUGUUAGUAACUCUGAGGAUUAAGUGUUAAAUAAAAUAUAUAUCCCGACUUGAUAUUUUUCUUUAUCUUCAUCACCUUUGUGUUUGAAAAUGCAUUCAUAUGAUGAAGAGGGAUUGUGCUUUCAAUCAGUUACCCCCUAGAGGCACAAGGGUUAAAGCCUCCAGCUGAUAUUAAGGAAGAUACCCAGUGUAAGAUAUAUUCAUACAGAAGUUGUGUUUUUCAUUUCUUUAGUUUAGCAAAAAGUUUCCAGCAAAGCUAUAUUGAAAGUGGUGGAACUACCUCCUCCUUCUGCAACAAAGUGUUUGCCUCAUGGGAUUUCUGCAUAAGUGAUGAAAACACGGCUAAGAUAAAGAGUCAGAACAUAGUACAAACUGUCAAGGUAUGUGCUUGAUAACAGUUCAAGACGUUGAGAUUCCUGAUCCCCACCAUCAAACUGCAAACUUAAAACAUGAAUUUUGCCACAGGUGUGAAAUAAAAUCUAGGGAUGCAAAGGGAAAACUGAUUAUUGCAUACUUGUAAAAAUAUUGACAAUCAUGCUCUUUUUAAUCUUUCAAGAUGACAAACUGACCUUCCCUAUGUUUCUCCUGUACUGGACUGCCUGUCUUUCUGCAAUUUUCUGAAUACCCAUUUGCAAAAUUCCCAAGUGUGUCUUGUUCAUGUUAACAGAAUCUUUGUCCUCUUUCUCCACAUAGUCUUGAAUUCUGUGCUUUAGAAGUGAUAAACUGAACCUGGAUCCUAGAUAACCUACUGUGGACCAAUUUGCUUGUGGGCAGUGUUUAUUUGCAGUUGAUUUAUUUACUGUAUGUUGCCUCUAUUCCUUACAGGCAGAAUUAGCUGAGGAGGAGAGACUAGAAAGGGUUCAGAAACGAACUACUGGUGAUAAAUGUCGCCUGUAUACUGUGAGGUUUGUCACCAAUUUAGUGGUGACACUGUUACUAGGUGGAGCUGUAUUUGCCAUCAUUACAAUAGUGGCUGUUUCUACAAACCCUGUAAGUAUUCUCUUCAACAUAGUCAGUGUAAUAUUGAGAGGAAGGAAAUGAUAUCCUACAUUCAGUCCCAGUGUAAUGUAUUUACUUGUUAUUUACUUGUUAUUUACUGGGUUUAAAGGUAUUUAAUAGUUACAUGUAGCUGUUACAGUUGGAAAAAAGUUACUCACAGUGAAAUGUGUGCUGAGCAGUUAUAAAACCCUUGUGCUGAAUUCUGGCUUCCCUUCCCUCAUAUUGUCAAGUUAACCUGUACAAGGGGCUUGACCCAUCAGUUUUCUUUGUAGCCCACUGAUUAAAAACUAAUUACUACAAACCAAUCAUAUGUGUAACUGGAUCAUUAAAAGCCCUCAUGGGCAGAGGCAUAUCACACUAGCUAUUGUGUAUGUCUAAGAGUGGUUGAGGAAUUGAACAAAGGAUUACUCAGACAUCAAUCUCUGGUGAUCCAAGUAGAACAAACUUGAAUCCAAGACCUCUGGAAUCAUAGUUGGACUGGUUUUCCACUCAAAAAGCCUUCCUCUUUUAGGGAAGAGGGGGUGAGGGAGGGUUAGAAUAACUUUAUUGUAUAACCUGUGUUAAGAGGGCAUUGGUAAGAAUCUCAGGGGUGUCCACUGGAUCCAGAGUUCACUUUAAAGUUUAUUUAUUCAUUUGUUAUUUCUUUAUUCAGGAAAAUCAAAUUGCAGCCGCAGAAAUCAAUACAUUUUUGGGGACAGUAUUAAACUUUUCACCAUCACUGACGAUCACCUUUUUGAACUUCCUUUUACCACUGAUCUUCAAUUUUUUGUCAAAGUUUGAGGAUUGGAGUCCCCGUUUUGAAGUGAAUAUCAACUUGUUCAGGUAAGAUGUAGUUUAAAGAUUUUAGGGCUUUAUUUUUGCUGUAAUUUAUAAUUGAAAAGCAUUUUUUAGAAAUGGGCAGUGAGAAGAAGUAAGCCAACCAAAGUAGCAAAUUAAAAUUUAUGGAAUCUUUCAGAAAAUGAUUUUUUUUAGCCUAUUUAUUAAUUUUUUUUUUCACUUAAAAUGUUUGUGUUUCCCAAUACCUGUUGGGUCAAGUAGAAGUAACCCAAAACAAAUUGGCUUCUUACCUCUGAUUUUUGAUGAAAGUAAAUCACCAAUUACUAAAUGUAGCUGGAAAUAGUUAUUAGCACAACUGUGACAAAUGUUAUCCAAUAAUUUUGGCAGGACUGUGUUGUUAAGGUUAGCAUCUAUAGCUGUACUGAUGAUCACACUCUAUGUGGAUGUGGAAGACAGGUGUAAUGAUGACCCAAGAUAAAUGUUGCCAGCAGGUUAGCGUCCAUUUUCAAAAUAGCGUAGUUUAUGGCUAAUGCUUGAAACCUCAGCAUAGAAACUCUUACAGUAGCCAAUUUACCUUAUCAACUCAGUUGAUAUUACUAAAUUACCCUGUUAUACUCUCCCACUGAUGCAGCACCAUAGUUUCUUUAGAAACUUACCACCUUUAUCCAUUUACAAAUAGACCUGUUGUGUCGAAACAAAUAUUUUUUGGAAGAUCUCUUGCAGCCUUGUUGGCUUUGUGGUUAGGGUAAACUGGAUUAUAGAUGGAAAGGUGCAGGUUGGAGACCGUAGGCCAGGUCUUUGUGUUGAGUCUUUGUGUUGAGAAUCAAGACACUUGAUUCUCCUGGUGCCUCUCCCCACCCAGAAGUAUAAAUAGGACCCAACCAAUUUUCAUGGAACACUGACAAAAUAGUGACAGAGGUGAUGAGGGGGUAACCUUGGAUAAAGUAGCAUCCCACUUAGGGGAAGUGGUAAUACUCCUAUAAAUUGGGAUAAGCACUUAGUCUAGCUAUGUGGGCCACUUGGCUUGGAUCUGAACUCCAUUUUUCACCUCUAUUUUGGUUUUACAUCUAAUAUUAUAUACUUGAUUGAUUGAAUAGAAUUGGGAAAACCAGAUUGCAUCACAGAUGUACAUGUUGAUAUGGAUUGACUUUUUUCUGCACAUUGCUGUAUCACUUGUGGGCACAACUAUCUGGAGGUAAUUAUUAGAGUCCAUGCUUCCAUUUGAUCAAUGAUUGCAUUGACAAAAGUUAUCGUUUGAAAACCAAUUGAUGCAAUUUUUUAUUUUUUUCUCGGCUGCAGUCAGUCAUUAUUAAAAACAUUGUUAGUAAUGGGCAUGUUAAAACAGAAGCAAAUUAAAUUGUGAAUGGAUCAAACUCAUUCAAUCACAACCAGAAACAUGACCUGGUGAGCCCUUGUAACAUUACACACGUCUAUUGAGGAAAAGUGCAAAACAAGUGCUUCAUACAACUUCACAACUCAUAUGAUAUUGAAAAGUGAAUUCACUUGUUGAUGUUGAGUUUCUUCAAAUUACAUAUCAUGACACUGGAUAAUCAUUUAAUUACAUUGAUUUUCCUUUUGAUUUGUCAGACUGUUGUACAAGCACACAUCCUGUUUCAAGAAAUUUGGCUUGCCUGAAUUUGAUAUUCCAAAACAGGUUUUACAGCUUGUUUAUGGUGAAUGUUUAAUUUGGUAAGUUUUUUGGUUUUUCAUCAGGUUUUGUAUAAUAAGUUGAAUUGUGCAUGCCUUUUAUUUGGUUCUUAAUUACUGGAUUAUCUGUAGGAGGAAAGAUGCAUAGAUGACAUCACUAUUAACAAAAUUUUGCUGUUUCAUCAUAUAUUCAUAUAUCGUUUCAUCAUAUAUGCUUAUAUAUGCCAACUCUCCCUGAUUAUCUGGUAUUCUCCUGGAUACACAAAUUAUUUCAUGAACUUUCUCCAGUAAACACUAAAAUUGUUUGUAAGUGUCAUUUUUUUGUGAAUUAAUUUGAUAUCAUAAUGAUUGCAGGAUUGGAACCUUCUUUAGCCCCCUCAUGCCAGCCAUGGGUGUUGUUAAACUUUUUCUGGUGUUUUACAUCGAAAAGGUCUGUUAGUUAUCUAAUCAUCAUGAUUCAUGAAGAUGAAAUAAAUUGUUUUUGAAUGAGUUGCUUUAAUUGGUCACUUGAUGAGGUGUGUCGUCAGAAAUACUUUAAUUGAGACACACUCAUGAUCUUCAACUCCCCUUCUUUAAAGGUUGCCUUGAUGCACAAUAACAAGCCAUCAGACAAGGUUUAUCAGGGAACACGGUCAAAUUAUUUGUUUACAGUUUUACUGCUGAUCUCCUUCCUCAUGUGUCUUAUUGCUGUUGGUUGGGGAAUAACAAGGUGUGCCAUUUUGAAAUCAAUGCGAUUUUCUUUUCUGUGCAAUCUUAAGCCAUCAAUUCAAAUUUUCUAAGUCUUUGACAUUAGUGUAAGCAUGCAGUUCCUUUUUCACUGUGACUACAGAUUAGAUCUUGCUAUCAUGAUUAUCAACUAUUAAAAAUGAAUGAUUUAAGUGCUGUUGCCUCAAAACUUCAAAGGUCACUUUGACCUCCUAUCCUUUCACUCCUAAGUUCUAGUUAUUUUGAUUCUGUCUACUGUCAGCCAUAUGAUUCUCAUGAUGCUAGUUUGGAAAAUUUGGAAUUGGAUCAACUGUCUUAAAGCUUAUUCUCAUCACUUGUCUGUGUGCUAUUGCAAGGAGAAAUUCUGUCUGGGUCAUUUUUGAGAGUUAAGGGUUAAUUUCUGAAACACAAAACAUUUUGUGAACUAAUGCCAAAAAUCUUUUUUUUGUUAUUAUCCAGGGUGAGGCCUUCAUGUCAAGGACCAUUUAGGUAUUGUUUUAUUAAGAAAACAAAAAUAUUAAAUUAAGAUGUUAAACGUGAAGCUUUGAAUUAUUUAAAUAAGUGAUGUUUAACUUAAUUUAUGAGAAUUCCUUUAUAACUGGCUGUCUGUAAUGUUCCAAGAGCAUACUUAGGCAAAAAUCAUAUAAGAAAUCAGAUUAUUUUAUAUGUAAUUUUGAUGAGUUUUUUUUCUCUUUUUUAGCAAUUUUAACUGUGAUGAGGAUAAGAGAAUUUUGGAUGUUUUGGGUAAAGAGAUUAGCACUUGGCCACAAGCAAUCCAGGAAAUUAUAAAUUACCUGAGUACAGCAGCAUUUAUUUUCCCAAUUCUGAUGAUAAUCUGGUAAGUAGGCUAUUAAGUGUUCUCACGAAGAUGCAAGUGGUGGUUUAUUUAUUACAAGGAACAUCAGCAUUAUCAUAACUUCACCAUUGUUUAGAGUUCAACUGUGUCUUAAACAAUUGAAAAACAGAAUUUACAUGUAUCUUACUAACAUGUUUUCUUUUUGUAGCUUGAUGUUGUACUACUUCAGAUCUAUGUCAAAGUCUCAUCUACACAUGAUUGAAAUGCUGAAAGACCAGUUAGUUCUGGUAGGUUAAUUAAUUUUGUUCGAUAGAGAUUCUACUAAUACCUACUGUUAAAGUACAUUAACUGUCUAUGGUAAAUUUGUCAGCCAUUCAUGACAAGAUAGGUAGGGAGCUGGUCUAACUUUCAAUCAGCUGCUGUGUUAGUCAAGCAGUUAAGCAGUCAGUCAGUCAGUCAGUCAGCAGUUGGUCAGUCAGUCAGUAAGCAGUCAAUCAGUCAGUCAGUCGAACAGGCAAUCAGUCAGUCAGUCUGUCAGUUAGUCAGUCAAUCAGUCAGUUAGCCAGUCAAUCAGUCAGUCAAUUGGUCAGUCAAUCAGUCAGUCAGGCAGUCAAUCAGUCAGUCAGUCAGUCAAUCAGUCAGUCAGGCAGUAAGUCAGUCAGUCAACCAGUCAGUCAAUCAGUAAGUCAAUCAGUUUAUUUUUUAUUUUCUAUUUUCAAAGUUACCAUUUAGGAACGUAAAAUCUUAAAAUCAAUGUUUGGUUGGAAAAAAUGUGACCAGCAGUGGUAAAAUAAUGGAAAAAGAUGCUUACACAGCUGACUAAAUGGCUUUUUUAAACACCUAAACGUGAUGACUGGCAAUCAGUGGGACAUUUUUCCAUGUUUUUUGUCAGAAGAAAGGAUGUUGCAAGGCUCUUGAUUACUUGUCUGAAUACCCAAAGAGACUGGGGCAAACAUUUCAAAAGAAAAAGGGGGUGGAUUUUAUGGAUAUGCUUACCUCUGGACUAUGAAAUCAUCAGAAAGAAAAUGUAAUAUGCUCAAAGUAUUCUGUUUGAUUUGUAGGAGGGCAGAGACAAGAGGUUUUUGAUGGAAAAAAUGAUUCAGAAUAGUAAGAACACUGGUGAUGUAGAUGAUGACUCAUCUUCAGGGGAGACACAACACACAACACUGCAACCAUCAAGCAACUUACAAUUCUAGUGGAAGUAAAUAAUUACUAUUAUUAUUUAUACUUGUCUUCAGGGUCUCUGGAACAUUUCUUAGGGAGUGUCAUUGUAAAACAUUACGUGGCUUUAUUUAACAUUAUUUUUCUUCUUUCUAAUUAGUCAUGUAUUUUAGAGGCCAAUUAUUUUAUUUUCUGGUCAAGGAAAUAUUUAUGAAAAAGUAGCUCUAUUUGAAGUAUUGAGUACAGUGUAUAUAGGUAAUAUUGCUGUAAGGGUGUACAUGACCCUGUGCUUGUUUAGCCAUGAAUGAGCUUAAUUAUUCCCAGGAGCUACUGCUGUUUGCUACUCUGCAAUUCAUAUAAAAAGUAUCAAGCUUGUGUAAAUUUUUUAAUGCUACUUUGGUGUGACAUGAGGUAUUUUGAAGAUAAUCAUGAGUAUUUUUCUACGGCAGAGUUUUUCUAUUCCAGACAGUAAGUGAUAUGUAUACAUAUUUAAUGUGCAGUUGGAUUUUGGGCAGUUUAUGAUUUCAUUGUUUUUUAAGAAUCUAGUAUUUUUUUUAGCUGACAAAAUUAAUUGACUCAUGUGCAUAUCUUGAUUGCACAUUCCUCAACCUCAGGGCUUAUUAUUAUCAAGGUUUACAUUAUGUCUAAUCUUGCUCAGGAUAAUUAUAUUUUCUCAGGGUCUUUAAGGAGAGGUAUGCUCCAGAAACCAUCUGAUUGUCAUCCCUUCCUACUGAAAAGUUUGACACUGGCCAUAUUCUUAGAUCCCAAACAGAAACCAAACCUUUUGCAAAACUUAUCUUUACAUGCUCCAAAAUUUAUGCUACAGAUGCCUCAAUCUUAAAUCUUGCUAUAUAGUGACCUCGCUGCUUACUGGUAAAGUGCUCAGUCUUAAUCCUCUCCCUUUUUUUAUCUCUUGGAGAUUGCAGCAUUGAGUGACACAAAAAGAAACUCUUGACUUCAAUAGUGCUUGUUUUCAGGAUAACUAGACCAGCUGAGGUCAACCCUAUUACUGAGUUGCUUUCAAUGUAACCACUGUAUACUAAUUUCUAUAAGAUUUGAUUACAGAAUCUCAAACUGCAUGAAGAGCUCAAUCUGUGUAAACACAUAUAGUUGAAGGCAAUAAAAAUUUACGUGGUUUCUGGCCUGAGGCAGACCUCUCCUUUCACAUGACCCCUUGGAGAUAAAUCUUUUUCCUACCUAAUGUGUACAAAAACUGUAAAUAGUGGAUGGUAUUGGUAAGAUUCCUUUGGCAAGAAAUUUUGCAACUUUUGACUCCUUCAUUAAACAUCCUUCAUUCAAAUCUCAAGCCUCAUGUAAUCUAUGCAAUGAUUGUGUUCCUUUGUUUAUUUUCACAAUCAUUUAACCUCAGUUGUACAUAAGCUGUUGGAGAUGUACCUUGAAGAUUUUGAAAAGUUGUUUGUUUUUGAAGAGUCAACUGUGCCAUCGAGAUAAGAAUAUUUUAAGUAAAUUUUUAGUGGUUGGAUUAGUGCUGGGCACUCAAAUAACCAUUGAGCUGAACAUUAUUUAACAAGCUGUUAGCUGGGGUAGCUUUCAAUAAAGCCUAUGGUAUUUUAUUCUGAAUUUUUUGUCUUCAGCUCUUGUUCUUGUACUGAAAACAAGCACAAAAACAGUUCAUAAAGAGACACUUUCUAAAUCUGUUGAGGUGUACCCUCCAGAGGGCAAAAGCUAAAAAAAGAUAGCAAUAAUUAGUCAAGAAAAUGAAUUACUGAAAUGAUAGCAGGGUUGAACAAGAUGCAUCAAAUAUCUCUAUUUUGGAGAAAAAAUAAGGGGCUACUCAUGUCUCAGCAGCUGAAUUCUAAAGUUGCAUUCAAGUCAUUUGAUAAAAGACAGUUCAGGCAAGUCUAUCGUACUCUGUAAUUGAGGGAAAUAAUUAUAGUGAACAAAAGUUUCAAUUUCAUGUAAAAUCAAUAGCACAUAUUCUGAUAAUCCUUUGAGUUUUGAGGAGAAUGAGGCAGUAAUUCUUGUCACAGAAAACUGUCAACUUGAAACAAUUUACCACAAUGACUGCCAUUAAAAUUCAAAUGAACAUCAAAUGAACAUUGACAACAUCAGCUAGACUCAAACCAAUCCCAGUGUUUCCAGAGAUAUUUAUUAUCUGCCAAAAAAAAAUUAUUUUCUGAGUGUGAAUUUCAUUUACCCAUUUCAAGAGACAUCCACCUUUUUGCAGAACAAAAAUAAAGUGCAAAUUUAAUAGUAAAUGAUGGGAUGGUAGUGGCUAAGUGGAGAACAAGACAAGUUUUGGUUGUACCGCUUCCUUUUUUUGCUCAGCCUCUACAUAUACUUUGGCGCUAUCUGUUUAGUGUUCUAUGUUUUGCUUACUGAAUGCCUGGAACCAUGCAGCAAUAGUAGCACAAGAUUAAGCUCAAACUAAAUGACUAACAUUUUUCAACAUGUAUGUACAAUAAAUAUAACAAAAAUUUCUAGAGAGAGAUCCACUCCACAAAUUAAGUUUCAAUUGCUAAUGUUUCAUCUGGUUCAAGUCAUAAGUCUUACUUGCAUACUUACUGUAACACCACAGAUGGAUUGUGUGAGAUAAUUGAUGCACAAUAAUGAUAAUAACACAUUUAUAUAACACAUUCUCCAUGUUAUUAUGCUCUAAUCAACAAUCAUUCCAGGAGCAUGCAUUGGGUAUGAGAUGGUAGUUAGCCAACUUGGCCCACAUAAUCAUCUCAUAUCCAACACACCUGAAUGAAGUUAUUGUUUUAUUAAAAAAGCCCCAAAAAAUAACCAUUUUUUUCUCAGUUCAUGAGUGGGUAGUAUUUUACAAAUCCUGCAAUCUGACUGGUUCUGAAAGUGGUCAGUAUUCUCCCCAUCUGGCCCACUCACAGCGGGCAGUACCUGAAAAAAUGUUUUGAAGUUUUCUUGGAAGCCUUUUAAAUCACCUUUUAAUAUCAUUGCGCAAAUAAAAAUGUUUUGAUGCAAAACUUCUCUCUUUCAUUUGCAUUGCCCUUGUUUUCUCUACCAUCUACUCGCUCAUAAAUUGUUCCAUUUAUGGAGAAUCUUGUUGUAAUUACAACCCUUCAUCAUUCAGGUUCUU